GUCGCUAGCUGUGAUCCAACUCUUUACUUGACCCAUCUCUAAUACUGAUCGUACUCACACUAUGGGACGACGUAUCAACCCGAUUGCUUUGCGACUUAAAGGCCAGAUGAACUGGCCGUCUAACGUUCAUCAUCCCAUGCUGACCGACUACAUCAAGCACAUAUUCCAAAAGUCCAUGUGUGGUCAGCCUGCCAUCAGAGCGAGUACUACUGGUAUUUGGGUCAAUGUGACUGUGCUGGCUACAGAAUCGCACAAUCCUUUGCUGCACAACCCACUUUUAAGGGGCAAUCCAGUGCUUCAGUUUGGAGGUGCUCAGCUAGAAGAAGCUAAAGGCAGACUCGAGACUAGAACCUUUAACCGAACCACCCAGCAUUCCUACUACAAGCCUCUGUUUGCCAAAAUAGAUACCAGAAGUCUUAUACAGGCUCUUGCAGGAAAGAAUGGAGUAUCUACUGAUACUACUGAAGCAGAAUCAAGCGAGCAAGAUCAGACCACCACCAAUAUUUUAAAUGAUGAAUCUGAUACUAUUACAACAGCAGCCCCGUCCAAGGGAUUUGUGACAGUUACAGGCGGACCACUUGCAGCAUUACAUAUAUACAAGGAUGUGCCCAUAUAUCUCAAGAUCAACGUAGUACAGAAUGCAUUGCUGCGAGCAGAUAUCAUGGCAGGACUGGUAGCAAAAGCCAUGUGCAACGGCCGAUCUAUUUCUCGUAUCCACAAUGAUGUGCUGGCUCUACUGGGAUAAUCAAUACAUUCAACUAUGCUGGUGAAAUAAACGAUGGUCGUAAAAUUA